AGAGCGAAGUCGUGCAUUUAUCCGCAGUGCCUUUCAGCCUCUCUUUCCGUCCAGCUCCCCCUCUUCUCGGUAUCUUUGCCUGUACGAGCUUGCCUUGUUUUUUUAUUUGUUUUUGUGUUGUUUUUUUUUGCUCUUUGAAACGUCGAGCCAGCUGGGAGCAAAACUGCGGAAAGGGAGUCACUUAUUGCCGCUGCCGCGACAAUAAUGUUGACAGGACUCGCACCAGCGACCGCCCUCAUUGGUUUAACCUCGGACUGCUGAAGUUUCGGAUCACCUGAGACGUAUUUCACUUCUUCCUCAUCAAGUAUCGAUGCGUUUGGCGUUUCAUAACUGAGUGUCGGGCUGUUUUUCUCUCCUUUUUUAAUGGCGUGAAUUGGAAUUUACAUGCAGCCGUUCACAUGAAAACGGACGUCGAGAAGUGAGCGACAAUCACCUGCCGGUGCCUCAAAUCCCUCGGUUUUUUACUUGAAAACAGAUACUGUAAGCGUGCGUGUGUGUUUACCAGCUCUAAUGGUAGCAGCUAGAAAACGUCACCUGUGAGAGGAUCGCCGCGCCUCAUCAUGACAGAGGUCCAGAGUUCAUGGCCGCAGGGCACAGAGUGUGUGGCCAGGUACAACUUCAAAGGAACAUCAGAGCAGGACCUGCCGUUCAACAAAGGAGACAUUUUGACCAUCAUCAUAGUCACAAAGGACCCAAACUGGUACAAAGCUAAAAAUGCGUCGGGUCGCGAGGGAACGAUCCCCGCCAACUAUGUUCAGAAGAGAGAAGGCGUGAAAACCUGCGGCAAACUGAGCCUGAUGCCAUGGUUUCAUGGCAAGAUAACGCGGGAUAGGGCAGAGGAGCUGCUAAAACCCCCAGAGACGGGCCUGUUCUUGGUGCGGGAGAGCACCAACUUCCCCGGCGACUACACUCUCUGUGUGAGCUGCGAUGGCAAGGUGGAGCACUACCGCAUCAUCUACCACAACGGCAAGCUCACCAUCGACGAAGAAGCCUAUUUUGAGAAUCUCAUGCAGCUGGUUGAGCACUACACCAAAGAUGCUGAUGGCCUGUGCACCAAACUAAUGAAGCCAAAGCUGGAGGAGGGAACUGUAGCUGCUCAGGAUGAGUUUUCCAGAGGUGGCUGGUCCAUGAGCAGAAAAGACCUGAAGCUGCAGCAGGUUAUUGGGAAGGGAGAAUUUGGAGAUGUCAUGGUAGGAGACUAUAGAGGGACUCAAGUAGCAGUGAAAUGCAUAAAAAAUGAUGCCACAGCGCAGGCUUUUAUCGCAGAGGCCUCCGUCAUGACGCAACUACGGCAUGAUAACCUGGUACAGCUGCUUGGGGUGAUCGUAGAGGAGAACGGGAGUCUUUUUAUAGUUACUGAGUAUAUGGCCAAGGGCUGUUUGGUUGAUUACCUGCGGUCCAGAGGUCGUACAGUGCUCGGUGGAGAAGCACUCCUUAAUUUUGCUCUAAAUGUCUGUGAAGCCAUGGCGUAUCUGGAGACCAACAACUUCGUGCACCGUGAUUUGGCUGCCCGAAACGUCCUCGUGUCAGAAGACAACAUCGCCAAAGUCAGUGACUUUGGUUUGACCAAAGAGGCUUCUUCCACUCAGGAUACCGCAAAGCUGCCUGUGAAAUGGACGUCACCAGAAGCCCUCAGAGAAAAGAAAUUUUCCACCAAGUCAGAUGUUUGGAGCUACGGUAUUUUGCUUUGGGAGAUUUACUCGUUUGGCCGAGUCCCUUAUCCAAGAAUUCCGUUGAAAGACGUAGUGCCACGAGUGGAAAAGGGCUACAAAAUGGACUGUCCAGAGGGCUGCCCGGAAGUGGUGUACAAUAUCAUGAAACAGUGCUGGAACCUGGACCCUUCUGCUCGACCGAGCUUUCAGAUGCUCAAAGAGUGGCUACAGCACAUCUGCCAUAAAAAGUGAUUUCUUUCUUCCUUUAGUUUUUUUUUGUUUUUUUUUUGUUUUUUGCUUUGACCACUUGGACUGAAACUUGGAAAGUGACAUCUCAAGGACUGUAGUUUUUGUCAAAUGUGAUAGUAAAUUAUGUUUUCAUUGACAGAAAAGUACAGACACAACACAUCUUCUUCUUAAGGGCCAUUCAUGCCAAGAACUAUAACUAUAUUAAGAGUAACUUUAAAGAUUCGAGCCUCCAGACUGGACUGAUGACCUGCUACCGCUGUGUGUGGAAGCAAAAGAAAACCAGAAACGUGGGUUCCUAAAAUUCUACAAAAAUGUGAGGAAUUAGGAAAAAUCUGAUACCCUGUGAUGAGAGGUCCAAUCUUUUGUGUCAUAUUUACUUUUGGGUCAGUAUCGGUGUCCUGGAGACAUCAGAGAGCUCAUCAGCAUCACAGUGUGUCAGAUAAAUCAUUGUUGUUGUUUUUAGUGUCGUUUUUUUCUGUGUAUUUUGGAUAUUGGAAUAUUUAUAUUUGUCUUUUUAUAGUUAUAGAUCUUUGUGUGAACAGCCCUUUAAUGAUGUUCAGUCACAGCUCUUUAAGAGAGCUGAAAGGUUCUUCACGUCUUCCCACGCUCUGUUAUCAGAGAUGAAUGUUUAACUGCCAUAUCAUUCCGGCUUUCCUGCGAACACAAACUGCCUCAGAGUCAAAGUGCCUUCGCAGGUUUUCAUAUCCUCUUCAUACUGGUGGCAUUACGUUUGCGGUGAUUCACUCGGGAGACUGGAUCCGUGACAUCUGUACUAGAGGAAAGACGCUUCGGAAAUUGGAAAAGCGUUUGAAUUUGUCAUUACUCGCUGCAUUUUUUUUUUUUUUUUUUCACAGCUCCCAGGUACACCUCGUUGUGUGGAUGUUGAUUUUAUUUAUCAAAAGGACUAAGGUAAAAUAAGUGCAACUAUGCAGAUAUAUUUUUAAUUGAUAUGAAAUGCAUUAUGCCUGUUAAACCUUUUGUAAGUCAAAAAAGUCACAAGUGCUGAUAUAACAACCCUCUUCUGUGCAGCUUAGUAGACAACAUUUUUGUGUGGAAAUGCUCAACCUGACAAGAUAUUUUUCUAUGUGAGUUAUUGACUUUAAUCAAACUGUCCAGAUUUUGAAUGUCGAUAAAUGUACCCUCCUGAUAUUUCCAACAAUAAAAUUUCCAUCUUUAAA